AUGCCACCUAAAGGUUCUAAGAGUUCGAAACGCAAGUCGUCGAAAUCUCCGGCCAAUCCAUCGCCGUCACAGCGACCUCGUGUGCAGACUCGUAGUUCGACCAUUGCCUCAGAGCCAACCAUUGCUUCUCCGUCCGCUGGUGCAACAACGAGCUCAACCGUACACGAACCCGUCAACGUCGCCAGUACCUCGGCAACGCCUGAUGCUAGUACCAUCUCCCCGCAGCUUCUUCAGCAGAUCGUGUCAACAGUUACUGCUGAAGUUACUCGGCGACUUACACCACACCAUCAAGCGGAGCUUUCGGACGCUGUUGUUGAGGCCCCAGUUGUCGCGAUGGGAGCAUCCACCUCGGCCGAACAACCCGCCAUUGUUUCUGGUAUUGUGGAAGAAGCUUUACAGUCCGUCCAUUCCGCCGUUGCAG